GGAUUCCGGCGUCUGGAAAUUGUCCUGCCUUGGGAGGAACAAGAAGAGGCCAAAACAGUAAAGGCCGACCCAGCUUGAGAGAGAAGGGAGGAAGUUGGAGGCUGCUAAUUUUGUUUGCUUCUUCUUGCUCACUUGUCUCGCUUUCUUGGCGGUUUUUGUUGGCCGCGAGCUAAAGCCGGACCUUGCCACCCCCAAUUUUAGCUCUUCUUCUUUGGCCAAGGGUCGAUUGUCAGCCUGCGUUGCCUGAUUUUACCCCUCUUGGUCUGCUUGCUUGAUUCAGGCCAUGGGGAAAUAGCUGGCAAAAGCUGCAGCUCGUGUUUCUUGCUGCCAUUUCAGCCCUUCCAGGAACGGAACAGAUUCCUGGCCGCAAUCUUGGGGGUGUACAACCCGAAACUUUGGAACUGUAAUCACCCCGCAAAAAGAUCCUAUUUUUGCCUCGCCAAAAUUAGAUUCUCCACCACCCUGUUGGCGAUCCUGCGCUGCUGAUUGGGCUCCCCUUGUGCCUGCCGUUUGCAUGCGGGAGGGUUCAGAUGUUCCUGGCAAGGUAGGCCAAGGCAAGAGGGAGAUGUCCAAGGCAGGAGAUUGUAGCGGCAGCGGCGGCGGCGGUGGUGGCCAGAGGAGCGGGGACGCCAGGGACCUGCCUCCUCUGUUCCUCAGGGUGGGCGCUGCCAUCACGCUCUCCAUCGCGGGGCUCUUCUUGUCGCGGCUGCGGUCGCAGCGCCGGCCUCGGCCCCGGCACCUCCUGCCCCCUCCUCCCUCAGAGCCAGAUGAUGCCCGUGGUAUGAAAGGGGGCGGAGGAGGGCUCAAGGAGGAGCUAAGGAUCCUCAAGAAUGAAGACACCAAGGCAAAAAUCAUCAGUGGGAACUCUGUCCACACAACCACUACCACUACAACAACCACCACCACUGCCUCGGUGUCACUUCCCCCGAAAUGCAGAAACAUUGAUGACGAUGAUGAUGAAGGAUUUCUCCUUCCAGAAUUCAGUGAAAUGGUUAUGGAAGAAUUUGGCCGAGAGGCAAGCAGUGUCGCAACCUCGCCUGCACCGAGAAUAAGGGAAGAUGCAUCGAACGAUCAUGAAAUUUACAAGCUCAGAGAUCUGGUGAGAUCUCUGCAAGAAAGGGAAAAGACCCUGGAGAUACAGCUUUUGGAGUUCUAUGGUUUGCAGGAGCAAGAUGCUGCAGUUAGGGAGCUUGAAAACCAAUUGAAGAUUAACAAUGUUGAGUCAAAGCUCUACUCCUUGAAGAUUGACUCUUUGCAAUCUGAAAAUCAGAGGCUGCAGGCACAGUUGUCGGAAAGCUCAAAGUUAACCUCUGAGCUUGAGACGACAAAAUCAAAGUGCAAGCUGUUGAAGAAGAAGUUGAGGCUGGAUGCGGAACAAGCAAAGGAGAAAAUCACUUCCCUUCAGAAAAUAGUCAAUUCUCUUCAGUGUAAAGAGAUUACCGAGGGAGGGGUUGAUGCUGAGGUUGAGAAGAAACUAAAGAGGCUAGAGGAUUUGGAAAAUGAGGCAAGAGAGCUUAGAGCUGCGAAUUCAAGGCUGCAGCAGGAGAACUCACAUCUUAUUAGGCGAUUGGAGCUCACACGCCUACCCCCUGUACCCAAGUCCCACCAUAGCAUGGAGGUAAAAGCAUCAGAAGAAGCUGUUGGGUUGAAGCAAGAAAACGAGAAGUUGUCAAAAGAGGUUGAACAACUGCAGGCUGGUAGGUUUGCAGAUGUUGAAGAGCUGGUAUACCUAAAAUGGAUCAAUGCUUGCCUACGGCACGAGCUGAAGAACAAGGAUUCUGCCGGGACACACACUAGUGCACGGGAUCUGAGCAACACCCUAAGCCCUAAAUCUGAAGAGACAGCCAAGCAACUGAUAAUGGAGUAUGCCAACGUCGGUGCAGACGAGAGGAGUCUAAGCUCUAUUGAAUUUGGUUCAGAGUACGCUUCUUCAAGGGCAUCGUCAAGCGGUGAACCUGAUGACGCAUCGGUCGACAUGCAUGCGAACCCAAAGAAGAAAGAGAAGAAAAGGUUCUUCGCUAAGCUACGAAAAUUGGUACUGGGAAAAGAUAAAAAUAAGAAUAACUUCCCUACUUUGGAGAGGAGAGUAUCUAUUUCAAGUUGUUCCUUCGAUGACUUCACUGGAAGAGAGUCGCAUGAUAGCUAUUCUUCCUUUAUGACGGAAGGAGCUGUAUCUGCCAAUCAGCAACAUGAAGAUCGCAGCACUGUUAGGCAUUCAUUCGGCAGCCAUAAAUAUAGCCAUCCUAGUACAGAAGCAGGAGAUGGAAGAAACCAGCAUCAUGGUGUAAAGAAGAAUUCGACUUUCGGAUCCGAGAGAUUCAGUGAACAUGGUUCUCAAUUUGAUAGUGGUGAGGUCACGAUACCAGAAGAUAGCGAGAUCCACAAAUUCGCCGAGGCACUGGUUACAUCGAGGACAGGUUCUAUGUCAUCCAGAAGGACGGCAUCAUUUAGUUAACUGAGAUAAAAAAAAAAAAGCUUAGGAGUUAGGAGUCAUGUGCUGCCCAUCAGUCUGGAUGUAUAUUUUUGCCAGAUCCUGAUGGUGAAGUUAUAGGAGAUGUUACUCGAAUGAAGAUUCCAAGACUUCAUUCUGUAUUAAGACUUCACUCUGUAUUAAGUGUACAAUCUUGUAUAAUAGAGUAUAGUACAACGAACCUUUCUCAA